CUAUGAAACUGACCUAAAACUGAAGACUUUUUAUAACACUCUAACUUGACUCUUAAAGAGAUUACAAAGCAUCUGGGUUAUUAUUGGAAAGCAUUCAGGAUGAAGAGAAAAGAAUUGAGAAUCGUGUUCAUACUGUGCAUCAUAUUGAAAGCUGUAACUGGACAAACCACAUCAAGUGACACAUCUGCAACAUCAAUAAGUUCUUCCGAUGCUUCAACACCGGGAAUUUCAACAAGUGUUGCUGGAAUAUCAGAAACCAGAGCUGUCACAUCUACAGCAUCACCAAGUUCUUCUGAUGCAUCAACACCGGGAAUUUCAACAAGUGUUAUUAGAACAUCAGAGACCAUAGCUGUCACAUCUACAGCAUUACCAAGUUCUUCUGCUGGAACAACUAGAGGAAUGACAAUGGGGAUUUCAACAAGUGUUGCUGAAACAUCAGAAACCAGAGUUGUUAAAUUCUCAGCAUCACCAAGUUUUUCUACUGAAACAACUGCAGGAACGACACUGGAAAAUUCAGCAAGUGUUACAGGAACAUCAGAAUCCUCGGUUGUCCCAUCUACAGCAUCACCAAGUUCUGCUGGAGCAACUGCAAGAAUCACACUGGGAAUUUCAACUAAUGUUAGUCAGACACUUCCUGGAUCAACUUCAGGUACUUCAGUAGGUGUUUUCGGACCAUCAUUGAUUACAACACGCACAUCAGAAAGCUCAACUACAACUGGAUCAACUACAGUUGCAGCAACUGGUGCUGAAUCUGCAACACCCACAUCCGAAAGACCAUCAGCAGGUUCAGUAACUGUAGUUCCUACUGCAUCACCUGCAAUGACUUCAACAAUUGUAGCUACAACAGACAUCACUAGUGUUUCAGCUAACACUGGCACUACCACAACUGCUGCCUUCGGAACAUCAUCUAUCCUGGGCACAUUAACACAAGUUACAUCACAGCCACCAUCAGCUUCUCCUUCAGGACCAACAUCAGCUUUCACACUAGAAAAAACAACUGGUGUUACAUCACAGCCACCGUCAGAUUCUCCUUCAGGAUCAGCAUCGGCUUUCACACUGGAAAAAACAACAGGUGCUACAUCACAGCCACCAUUAGCUUCUCCUUCAGGAUCAGCAUCAGCUUUCACACUGGAAAAAACAACUGGCAUUCCAUCACAGCCACCAUCAUCUUCUCCUUCAGGAUCAACUUCAGCUGUCACACUGGAAAAAACAACUGGCAUUCCAUCACAGCCACCAUCAUCUUCUCCUUCAGGAUCAACUUCAGCUGUCACACUGGAAAAAACAACUGGUGCUACAUCACAGCCACCAUCAACUUCUCCUUCAGGAUCAACUUCAGCUUUCACACUGGAAAAAACAACUGGUGCUACAUCACAGCCACCAUCCGCUUCUCCUUCAGGAUCAACUUCAGCUGUCACACUGAAAAAAACAACAGGUGUUACAUCACAGCCACCAUCAACUUCUCCUUCAGCAUCAACUUCAGCUUUCACACUCGAAAAAACAACUGGUGCUACAUCACAGCCACCAUCAGCUUCUCCUUCAGGAUCAACUUCAGCUGUCACACUGGAAAAAACAACUGGUGCUACAUCACAGCCACCAUCAGCUUCUCCUUCAGGAUCAGCAUCAGCUGUCACACUGGAAAAAACAACUGGUGCUACAUCACAGCCACCAUCAACUUCUCCUUCAGCAUCAACUUCAGCUUUCACACUGGAAAAAACAACUGGUGCUACAUCACAGCCACCAUCAGCUUCUCCUUCAGCAUCACCUUCAGCUUUCACACUGGAAAAAACAACUGGUGCUACAUCACAGCCAUCAUCAGCUGCUCCUUCAGGAUCAACUUCAGCUGUCACACUGGAAAAAACAACCGGUGCUACAUCACAGCCACCAUCAGCUUCUCCUUCAGCAUCAACUUCAGCUUUCACACUGGAAAAAACAACAGGUGUUAGAUCACAGCCACCAUCAGCUUCUCCUUCAGGAUCAAUUUCAGCUUUCACACUGGAAAAAACAACUGGUGUUACAUCACAGCUACCAUCAACUUCUCCUUCAGGAUCAACUUCAGCUUUCACACUGGUAAAAACAACUGGUGCUACAUCACAGCCAUCAUCAGCUUCUCCUUCAGCAUCAACUUCAGCUUUCACACUGGAAAAAACAACUGGUGUUACAUCACAGCCACCAUCAACUUCUCCUUCAGGAUCAACUUCAGCUUUCACACUGGUAAAAACAACUGGUGCUACAUCACAGCCAUCAUCAGCUUCUCCUUCAGCAUCAACUUCAGCUUUCACACUGGAAAAAACAACUGGUGUUACAUCACAGCCACCAUCAACUUCUCCUUCAGGAUCAACUUCAGCUUUCACACUGGAAAAAACAACUGGUGCUACAUCACAGCCACCAUCAACUUCUCCUUCUGGAUCAACUUCCAUGUUCACACUGGUAAAAACAACAGGUGUUACAUCACAGCCACCAUCAACUUCUCCUUCAGUAUUAGCUACAGCUAACAUCAGAACCACCACUGCAGGUGGUUCAUCAGAAUCACCAUUGAGUUCUACUUCAGGAACAAUUCCUAAAAUCACAACGCAAACACCAACUUCAGGCAACACACAGCAAACACCAGUAACCACAGCUCCAAGUACUCCUUCCACAAUAACUACAGCAACAGUUGUGACACGAAACAUUAGCAUUGUCUCUAAUGCAGUGUUUACUAAUGACCUAUUAGACUCGUCUUCAACUGCCUUCAUUUCCAGAGUAAACCUUACCAUUACUGAGCUUGAACCAGUCUUAAAGGGGAACUUUACCAGCUUCAUAAAGAUAACUGUGGUUGGGUUCAGGUCUGGAUCAGUCAUCACAGAUAUGAACAUAGAGUUCAACAAUACUGCUCCCAGUGUUGAUAUUAUCAUUACCAGUCUACUGAAUGCAGUUACGAAUUUAAACAUAACAAAUGUUUUUGCAACUAAUACUACUCUGACUACUACUGCUACAACACCAAUUUCAACAACAACUUCUAUUACUACUGCAGUCAAUACCACCACCACCACCUCCCCAACAACAACAACAGCACCAACAACAACAGCACCAAACACAACAACACCAACAAUGACAACAACAGCACCAAACACAACAGCACCAACAAUGACAACAACAACAGCACCAACAACAACAGCACCAAACACAACAGCACCAACAACAACAACAGCACCAAACACAACAGCACCAACAACGACAACAGCACCAAACACAACAGCACCAAACACAACAGCACCAACAACGACAACAACAACAGCACCAAACACAACAGCACCAACAACGACAACAACAGCACCAAACACAACAGCACCAACAACGACAACAGCACCAAACACAACAGCACCAACAACGACAACAACAACAGCACCAAACACAACAGCACCAACAACGACAACAACAGCACCAAACACAACAGCACCAACAACGACAACAACAACAGCACCAACAACAACGGCACCAACAAAAACAACAACAACGACAGCAGCAAUGACAACAGCAACAGCAACAGCAACAACGACAACAACAACAGCACCAAACACAACAGCACCAAACACAACAGCAUCAGCAACGACAACAGCACCAACAGUGACAACGACGACAGCAGCACCAACAACAACAACAGCACCAACAACGACAACAACUACAACAGCACCAAAAACAACAGCACCAACAAUGACAACAACAACAACAGCAGCACCACCAACAACAACAACAGCACCAACAACGACAACAACAACAGCACCAAAAACAACAGCACCAACAACGACAACAACAACAACGACAGCAGCAACAACAACAACAGCAGCAACGACAACGACGACAACAACAAUGACGACGACAACAACAACAGAAGCUGUAACAAUUCGUCCACAGCCAACUAUCGACCUGGGUGUUGGUCUCAAGGUUGCUUUUAUUGCCGCAUAUAGUGAUCCUCAGAGUAAGGAAUUCAAAGAAUUGGCUUCACUUGUGACUGAAAAGUUGGAUCAAGUCUAUAAAAAACUCUUUGGCCCUCUCUUCCUCCGCACCAUCGUCAAAGCCUUCAAAGCUCAGCCAAUACGUGCUGAUCAAAAUACGGAAGCAGAGGUGUCGCUUGUAUUCAACGAUAGCUCCACAGAUCCCAUCCCAUCCGGACAACAACUAGCAACUGGACUGAAAGCUGCUAUAGAAAGUGACCCUACUUUGAGUCAGCAAUUUGAUGCCACUGCAAUUACUGUCAUCAGUGAGCCAGUCCAGGUCGGUGUGCUUUUCGAAACAAAUGGCACUUUUACAGAUGCUCUCUCAAUUACUAGUUCAGGGUCAUUUACAAGCAGAACACUCAUGAUUAAAAACGGACUUAACCCUUUUUUCACUGAAGACUUUCCAAAUUUAUUUAGCCUCUUAACCAUGACAAAAUACAGCAAUGGAACGUUUAAUGCACCUGGUAAUUCAAUUCUGAACACCAUGGAUUUGGCUUUUAACAGCACUGGAAAUCCCAACAUCAGCCAAAUUGCUGUAACUAUGUUUCGAGCAGCCAGAAAUGGCACCCUUCCUUUCGAGAUUUUUGUCAAGAAUAUCACGGUGAAUGGCACAAUAUUUUCUUCGAGCAAUGUCAGCAGCAAGAUCAGUGUGCUCAUGGCGUGCUUCAUGGUGGCUGUGUCACUUCAGUUCACACGGUCCAGCUGAUGCUAAACAAGAUCCUCCUCUCGGAAUGAGAACCAACACCAAGUUUGACGAUCCUGUUCAGUUAAUGAAUCAGGCUAAUACGUAGAGCUAAGAUUUUAAAUAAUGUGCAUGCUUAACAAAUACAAUAGGGAGAGCAUUAUAAGAAUCUGCACGAGCCAAACUGUAUGAAUGUAUGAAGGAUAGGGUUUGGUCAGCACUUGUAGCUUUAAUUAUUUUGAAUGGGCAUGUUGUAAAUGAUUCUUUGUAUUUGUUUGUAAAUCUUUAGUGAAGGAAUUUUAUUUAUCACAUGGAAACUUGACAAGCUAAUAUGACAAAGGCACUGAGGUUACAUGUUGUGUAUUAUACAUCUAUUAUGUUACCAUUAUUAAGUACAGUAUAUUUGCACAGAAAUGCACAUGCAAAAACAUUAUCUAUUAAACAAGCUUUGAUGAUGCAUGUGGCAUUAAAUGCAUGCUUUGGCUUUGGCUUUGGCUUAAAAUACUUUCAUGUGUCUAAGAGAAGUAUUACGAGUUUCUGCAAAUGAUUACUUACAAUAUAAUCUAGAUAAUGUUGUCUUAAAUUAUGUUUUAGUCAAAAAUUAAGUAAGGAUGAAGUAAUAAUAAAUGAACUGUUGCUUGUAAAACAAGGUUUUAAUGAUUAGUUUUAAUAUCUGUCUAUCAGUACAUAACCUGACAUUAUUUCCCCAAACUACAGUCAUUUUAAUAUGGCAAGCAAUGAAGGAGAACAAAUAUUAUUAUUAAUACUUGAAAUUUCAUAAACUGGUACAGUUUACAAAACUUCCAUUCUUCUGUAAUGUGUUUAUCACUCUGUAUAUAUGUGUUUAUUGCAGUGGGUAUCUAGGUUCUUCUAUAUUUUCUGUAUUUAUUUAAAAAAAAAAAUAUAUAUAUAUAUAUAUAUAUAUUCCUGCUGUAUUGUGCAUACAUAGA